AUGGCUGUUCGUGCACAAUUUGAAAAUAGUAAUGAUAUUGGAGUUUUCACUCGUUUGACCAAUUCUUAUUGCUUGGUCGCGAUCGGAGGUUCUGAAAACUUUUAUAGUGUAUUCGAAGGUGAAUUGGGCGAUGUAAUUCCUGUAAUUCAUGCUUCGAUUGCUGGUACUCGGAUCGUUGGACGGUUAACAGUCGGCAAUCGUAAAGGAUUAUUAGUCCCAAAUACCACGACCGAUCAAGAACUUCAACAUUUACGUAACUCUUUGCCGGAUUCCGUGCAAAUUCAACGUAUCGAAGAACGCCUUUCUGCAUUGGGUAAUGUAAUUGCGUGUAAUGAUUAUGUGGCCUUAGUGCAUCCCGAUAUUGAUCGAGAAACUCAAGAGAUUAUUCGUGAUGUGUUGGGAGUUGAAGUUUUCACCCAGACUAUCGCCGGAAAUGUUCUUGUGGGAAGUUAUUGCGCAAUAAAUAAUCAAGGUGGAUUGGUUCAUCCGCGUACGUCUGUUCAAGAUCAGGAUGAAUUAUCUUCAUUAUUACAAGUUCCCCUCGUGGCGGGAACAAUAAAUCGUGGGUCUGAUGUGAUUGGAGCAGGUAUUGUAGUAAACGACUGGUGUGCAUUUGCCGGAUUGGAUAGUACCUCAACAGAGAUAUCAGUAGUAGAAAACAUUUUCAAGUUGCAUGAUGCACAACCGACUGCUAUAGUCAAAGAAAUGAGAGAUUCAUUGGUUGACACUUACAGUUAG